GCCUGGUCCACGACGCCCGCAAGCUGCCCGCGUUCCGUCGUCUGACGCCUGAGUAGAGCCAGGCCGAGUAAAGCUGCUGUCUUGUGACUGAGCUUGCUGGGGGUGGGACCAAGGUUGAGCAUGGAGCUUGUGGCCAGCACCGCCAGUGCUGUAUCAACGCCAGCUCCCCGGCGGGGGAGACGCGAGAAGCCAUGGCCGCCCGGCAAGCAGAAGAAGCUACUGCGGCUUUAUGUGUGCACUCAGAGCGAGCGCCUACCGCUCGUGCGCAUCCUCGAGCGCCUCAAAGAAAAGGACGGCUCGUUUGAUCCAAGGCAGCGCAACUCACACAAACACCUGAAGAACCUUCUUCCGGACCGCAGGAUAGACGACUGGAGGCCGAGGGAUCUGGCAACAAUGCUCAUCCGCGUGCGGUUUCUGAGGUCAGUGAGGGCCGAGCGGAGGAUCAGGAACAGGAAAUUCCGUCGCCGGCUCGAUCCAACACGGUCGCACGCGUUCUUGCCAGUAGAAGCCGCCGAGAUGCCCGUCACCCGCAUGUCCGUCGAUCAACCGCCACCCAUCGAACAGCACGUAGCUUUGUCCACCGACAGCUCGGCCACCGACAGCCCGGUCACCGUCAAGCAGUCCGAGUCACUGGGGUCGACACCCCAAGCGAUCAGCGCCAGUUCGCCUUCCGACACAUAUCUUCGCCGAGAUAAAUCACCCUCGCGCGCAUCCUCGACCUCACCAUCCACAAGAUCUGCCAAGCGGAGAUCAUGGGCUUCGGUGCUCUCGAGUAUCUCGUCCGGGAUCUCCAGCUUGGCCCGCUCCUCUUCCUCGGCAUCUUCUAAGGGGGUCAAUCUGCAUCCGCCCGGCGCUAACACGGCGCUCAGUAGAAUGACGCGUGAAGAGUUCCUUACUACGCUCCGGGAGAAGCCUCGGAAAGGCAUCAAAGUCAACAGCACGCCCGCCAUGGGCCUGUUCAAGACCAAGUAUUCCACCGUGAAACCCACGACAGAAGAGCUCAAUGCCGCGUUGGUACGAAUGUGCUGUGCCGCGUACGUCGGCAGUAGCUCGGGCUGCGCACACGAACGCCUGUCAAGAGCCAUCGACGCCCAGAGGACCGAAGGACCCGACUUCGUCAAGUUUCGCGUCACCGAUGAAGAGGCGAACAUGGUGGACAAGUUCGGAAACUCGCUGCUCCACGUGGCGGCACGAUGGGGAGCCCGCGUCUCCCUCCUGAACCUGAUCCUUCGACACACGGACGAUGUGCAGAUGGUCAACCACCGCGGCGAGACAUUCCUCCAUGUUUUCGACCCGCCGGAAAAUCCCCGUAUGAGGCCGGUGUCAUUCCUCAACCUUAUCCGAAACCUACGGUCACGAGGCUUCGAUUUCUGCCACCGAGACGUUGAGAAGCAAACUUUCCUGCACCAUCUCGUUGCCAGGAGGGAAUUUCCCAUCGAGACGCUGUAUUAUGUCUUCCGGGAGGUUGGACACGGGGCUGCGCGGUUUCUGGUCGCGAAUAAGUCGGUCAACGGUGAGCGGUUAUGGCACAGCGUCCGGAUAAAUCUGGAAAGGACAGCACCAAAACUGCAUCGCAUAUUCGGCGACGAAGUAGAAUUCGUUCGCCGCUACGUCCCCGAAUUCUCCGCCGAGCCGAACGCCCCAUCGACGGCCGACACGUCCACCAUCGGCUCCGACAGCUUAGCAUCCAUCCACCCGAACGAGACGGCCUACUACCCGAACCUCAACAUCCCUCUCGACCCGCACGAGAGCAACGCCCAGAACGUACGACGAACGCCGCUGAUGAAGCUUCUCCGCCGCGCCGCCGCAGGGAGGGGGAUGACGGAUCAGGAGCUGACGACGAAGCUGGAGAAUCUGCUCGAGAACGCGUCGAAACACCCCGAGUUCGACAUGCAGAACUACUUUGGGAAGCGGGACACCGAGGGCAACUCGGCUUUACACUACGCAUCCGAGUUCGGCCUCGUCCCGGCCGUGCAGUUCCUCUGCACCAAAGGCGCCGGCGUCAACGUGUUCAACAACUGCGGCAACACGCCGCUGCAGCUGGUGAAGUUUGCCAUCCAGCGGACCGACGUGCGGUCCGACAUCCACAUGGAGGCGCGGUACCUGCGCUGCGCGGUGCUCCUGCUCGAGCAUGGCGCGUUCGAUCAGAGCAAGCUGGUCAGCGAGCGCUCGGUGCUGUUUCCCUCUGGCGUGUUCGACGGGAGCGAACGGUCCAUCAACAACCUGGUCCGGCAGGGCGUGGCCAGCCAAUGCAAGGGCCUGCACCUUCUCACUUCGUCGGUCAGGCAUCACAGCCCGGCGUAUCUGCACGACCUGGAGCACCAGUUCGGGCAUGCACACCAUCGCCAUCACCAUCAUCACGUGCAUGGGCAUGGUCAUCAGCGAGGCGGUAGUGGGCCGAUGGGGAUGGAGUUGACGUUUCAGACGUCGGUUCUUUCCUCCUAGGGUUCGGUUGAGUCAGGGGUUAUUUCAGUUGUCUCUCGUCUGUAUCAAUACCACUUGGGAAGCGGCGGUGCAUAUGAGCGAUCCUUUUUUAUUAUCUUCAGGUCCUUAGACUCAUUGCUGUUUUGUCU